AUGGGCAGAAUACCGAAAUGGUCGAUUUUUGCCGGGAUUCUCAUCGUGCUCAUCGAGAUCGCUUUCAUCGCUUGGAGGCUCAAUAUAACGGGUAUCGCACACGCGCAGGUGGUCCGUUUUCACUCGCUUUUCCAUCUCGAACUAGCGAUGAGUAUCGGCUCGUUCUACAUCUUUUCCCGGUUCUCCUCGGCUCUCACAUCUUUGAAUGAUGGCCGCUUGCGGAAUUUGCAACGCCGAUGGGCACAAAUUUGUCUCACCGAUGUCAUGAGAGCGGUGCUUCUUCUCUUUUUGGUGCUUGCUCAAGGGUCUUUCGCUUUUUAUAUGAUUCGUCUCAAAUCUGAGGUCUCCACGCAGGCAUUCAUCUGUUUGGUGUGUCUUGCCGGUUUCAUUCAUCUUUUCGUCUUCACUCUCCUCUCCGAUCUCCUCGUUUCGAUUCUCUAUGUGCCGCUGAAAUUGGGUGGCCAGUUGCCGGAAACGUCGUGGUGCAGUUUCCUCGCCGAUCAUCGCCUCAAGCAAAUAAUCUUUGUGACGGUGAUCACUGUCUUUUUCAUGUCAAUCGGUCUCUUCCGAACGCUCACCCCGCCGACCGUUGUCGAAGAAAGCCUCAGAACAAAUAAAUUGAAAUCUGGAUCCGAUUUCUCGAUCGCUUUACUCAGCGAUCUUCACAUUGGGCCGAGUGUCGGUCGAUCACGGGUACAAACGAUUGUCGACACAGUGAAUGGGGCUGAGCCAGAUUUGAUUGCGAUCAGCGGUGAUCUGGCCGAUGGAUUCGUGACCGAUUUAGCCGACGCGGCGCGGCCGUUGUGCAAUCUCAAAAGCAAAUAUGGGGUCUACUUUGCGACGGGAAAUCACGAGUACUACCACGGGAACGUCGAAGAGUGGUUCGCUUUUCUCGAAUCGUGCAAUAUCACCAUUCUUCACAACAAGAAUCAACGAGUCCAGCUAGCCAGCGGUGGCUCGUUGUGUGUGGCCGGGAUUGAUGAUCUGAUCACUCUUCGAUUACAUUUGCAAGGACACGGGAUGAAUCCACGACAAGCACUGGCGGGCUGCCAGAAAUCGGAUUUCGUGCUCCUCUUGGCCCAUCAACCAAACGCCGCCAAGUAUGUGCUCACCGAUCCGGCUGUCAACGGCAAUGUCGAUCUCGUUUUGUCAGGUCACACCCACAACGGCCAGUUCAUCUUCUUCAAGCCGGUCGUCCAUUUGGCGAACGCUUGGGUGCACGGUCUCUACUGGAAUGCUCCCACCAACACUCACAUCCUCGUCUCAGCCGGUGUCGACUACUUCGGUCCACCCGUGCGCACAUCGGGCCAUUGUGAAGUCGUCAAAUUGACCGUUAGUGGAAGAGCU